AUGACGGAGUGUUAUGAUGUUGAUUUAAUGGAGCUCCUUUUAUGUAAUCUCUUGAAAUUUAUCGUAACGACAUAUAUUUUAGAUGUUGACAAAGAAGGACGAUUACGGGGAAUUGAGCGGGGACACGCUCAUCUCUGUGAUCUACAUCCUGGACUGUAUACUUGCCCGCAGAAAUCGCAACUUCGCAUACAGAAUAUAAUCUGCCAAAAAUCGAAAGCACAGCGUUCACUCGCACAGAGGAUGAGGGACAAAGUCUCUGGGGUUAAUCAAUCUGCUUGGUUUACGAAUGUGCAACUGGCCUAUACAAUGACUUGCGGUGGUUAG